GCAAAAUAAAUAAAAUAGAUGAAAAAGUCAGAAAAGUAUUUGGUGGAUGGAAAAAGAAAGUGUAAAGCGAAAAAAGGCAUCGGGAAUUGAAAUCCAAUUUGUUGACAAAGCUGAUUUAUAACCAAUUUAACUUCUAAAAAUAAAAAAUCGAACUGCAUAAGAGUUAAGCAGUUGACUUUGAAGGCAAAUCUACACAGCUACGUAGUUUUGCUUCUCAGCAAAUACCAGAGAAAAAUGCCAGUGAAUAACACCAGUUCAAAUUUCAAGACAUUCAAAGUGGUGCUACUGGGCGAAGGUUGUGUUGGCAAAACUUCAAUUGUACUACGUUAUGUCGAGGAUAAAUUUAAUCCACAACACAUAAGCACCUUACAGGCUUCAUUUCUCACGAAAAAACUUACUUUGGAAGAUGGCAGUCGUGCGCAUUUGAACAUAUGGGAUACUGCCGGACAGGAACGUUUUCACGCACUCGGACCCAUAUACUAUCGUGGCUCUCACGGUGCCAUACUUGUCUACGACAUAACCGAUGAAGACUCAUUUCAGAAAGUAAAAAAUUGGGUGAAAGAAUUGAAACGUAUGCUUGGUGCUGAAAUCGUUAUAACAAUUGUUGGCAAUAAAACAGAUUUGGAAGCCCAACGGACUGUAGAACAAAAUGUAGCAAUAGAAUAUGCUGAUAGUGUGGGCGCACACUAUUUCGAGACAUCUGCCAAAGCCAAUGAAGGCAUCGAAGAAUUAUUUACUGCGUUAACACAACUAAUGAUGCAACGUCAUGAACAGCGACGGGAACAGGAAAAUAGUUCAUUGCGACUCUUACAGGGUGGACGUACGUCACAACGGCUCGUCGUGGAGGAUGAUUCACAAGAUGGUGACGAAGAGGGGGGACAAGCGCCAGCGUCAAAUCGGUCAUGUUGUGGUGCUGGCUAAAAUAGCUAGGGUCUCUUAUACAAACAUAAUUGCUUAAAAAAAGAAAAGAAAUAUUCAGACAAUAUACUAAAACAACAAAGAGAAUGAAUAGUAGAAAAUAUAAUGCAAUUAUGUUAAUGGGUGUGCAAAUGUAAAUGAUGAUAAUAAAAUUUAAAUAAAACCACGACGACGUAGACAACGCCAACGCCGAUUUCAGCCGCCGCUAGAUUAAAUUGUGAUAAACUUAUUGUAAAAUAUAAAUUUAAAUAUUUUCUUUCUUUGUAUAAAAACGCUUUAUAAUAUUAUGUGCUUAUCUAUAAAUGUAUUUUCCCUUCAAACUAAUUCUAUUCUCGAUCAAAAACAAAAAUCUAAUUUAAACUUCUAUUUAGUACUAUGUAAACGUACAUACAUAGAUCUAGUAGCGAAACUACCAUACUAAUUCGAUACAUUUAAAAUUUGUUAUUUUUAAUAUGCUUUUAUUUGUUGUUAUUUUGUAAUACAAUUAAAGUACUCUGCUUCAAAUGGCAGCAAAUCAUGAAAAGACUUAAAGCAAA